AUGAGAAGAACUAUUCUGAGAAAUGCAACUCUGUACACUCGCAACCUUCUUCACUCCGCCCCCGCGCUCGCCGCUACUACUCGUCCGCGACCCAAACUUUUCUCUUCCAAUGAAACUCUCCCACCGGUUCCUCAAAACCCCGACGACGUCGACAACAAAGAGCUGAAGAGGCGAAUCGAAAGCUACAUGAAAGGCGACGAGCAGGUGCUGCCGUCGAUCAUGGAGGCGAUUCUGCAGCGGAAGCUGUCGGGGAAACACGAAGAGACUGACGACGAGCUUAUGGAGGAACUCCGCAUGAGCCCCAUCGACGACGUCGAUGACAGGGACUUCGAGUCCGAUUUCGAAGACUCUCACCAAACCGACGAGGAAAUCGACGAUUUGUACAACGCGAGGGAUGUGGUAAUGAAGAGGAUGGUACAGGAUGAGUACUUCAACAUGGAUGAUAAAAAGUGGGAUGACAUUGUUGAGGAUGGAAUCAAGCACGGUUUUCUUAGGGACACCAAAGAGUGCGAGGAGAUUCUAGAGGAUAUGCUCAGCUGGGACAAACUCCUCCCUGAUGAUAUAAAGCAGAAGGUGGAAACAAAAUUUAAUGAGCUAGGGGACAUGUGUGAAAGAGGAGAACUUGAACCUGAAGAAGCUUAUGAACAAUUUAAGAAGUUUGAGGAUGAGAUGGUAGCAGAAUACAUGAAGAUAAUGGAAAAAGAGGAGGUCCCACAGAUUGAUGAUCCUGCUGUGCAGGAUAAGAAAAAGGAUUUGGAUGAUCCACCAGGUGAAGGUCCAAUUUUGCGGUGGCAAACUCGCAUAGUCUUUGCCCCUGGUGGUGAUGCUUGGCAUCCAAAAAAUAGGAAAGUGAAACUGUCUGUUACUGUAAAGGAGCUAGGGCUUUCAAAAUACCAAUUUCGCCGCCUCAGAGAAUUGGUUGGAAAACGUUAUCAUCCGGGGAGAGAUGAGCUUACAAUAACUAGUGAGAGGUAUGAACAUCGAGAAGAAAACAGAAAAGACUGCUUAAGGACACUUCUCUCUCUCAUUGAGGAGGCAGGAAAAGCUAAUAAAUUAGUAGAUGAUGCCCGAUCUUCAUAUGUAAAGGAGAGGCUCCGUGCCAAUCCAGCUUUCAUGGAGAGGUUGCGUGCGAAGUCCAUGAGGUUGCGUGAAUCUAAUCAGGUUACAGCUUGA